UCCUGGCCUGCACGGGUUCGUGUGACAGAAUAAAGCAAGAUUGGAAGGAAGAUUGAUUUCUGGUUGCAACACGGCCAAUUCCUCCAAAUUCUUGAAGGAGAAAGGCGAGAGCUGGUGUUCUCCUCGUAUUCAGUAAGAUACUGCCCAAGCCUAAAUUUCACUCAUGGAGAACAAUGGUAGCAACUCUGGCUUCAACAUGGAGUCCUUAUGUAGUGCAAGCGGGGACAAGAAGCAGGACCAAAUCCUUUUGCAACCCUUUACCUAUGUCCUCCAAGUCCCAGGGAAGAUGAUUAGAGGGAAGUUAGCCCAAGCCUUCAAUUACUGGAUGAGAAUACCUGAGGAUAAGCUAAUGGUCAUAUCUGAGGUUAUCCACAUGUUGCAUAAUGCUAGCCUUUUAAUAGAUGACAUAGAGGACAAUAGUGUUUUACGACGAGGUAUCCCUGUGGCACAUAGUAUAUACGGAGUUGCAUCAACCAUCAAUUCGGCUAAUUAUGUUUAUUUUCUGGGUCUAGAGAAAGUUCUAGCCCUGAAUCAUCCAAAGGCAACAACAGUGUUUUGUGAGCAGCUGCUGGAGCUCCAUCGAGGGCAGGGAAUGGAGAUCUACUGGAGGGAUUCAUUUACUUGUCCGUCGGAGGAAGAAUACAGACAGAUGACCAUACGGAAAACGGGUGGAUUAUUUGGCUUAGCUAUUCGCUUAAUGCAACUUUUCAGUCAAGUUCAGGAUGACUUUUCAAGAAUCACAGGAAUUUUGGGACUGUACUUCCAGAUUCGUGAUGACUAUGCAAAUCUUUGCAUGAAAGAGUAUAGUGACAGUAAAAGCUACUGUGAGGAUUUGACAGAAGGCAAAUUCAGUUUUCCCGUCAUCCAUGCCAUUAAAACCCACCCUGACGACCAGCAAGUUAUUAAUAUCAUCCGCCAGAGACCCAAAGACCUGGAGGUCAAACGCUAUUGUGUGUCCCUUCUGGAGAAGUUUGGCUCCCUUGAACACACCAAAGAAACCAUGAAAAAACUGGAGGCCGAAGCACGAGAGGAGAUCGUCAGGCUAGGAGGCAAUCCACACUUGGAGAGAGUGCUGGAUGAGCUCCGGAACUGGGAGAGCCUUUAAGGGCAGGAGGAUGUGUCUCAGAAGCUUAUUUAUUUAUUAUACUAGAAAAUAAUACUUUUUUUUGCAGGGUCUCUUUUGUGUUAAGAUAGUUUUGUACUAUGUAUAUGAAGAAAGGAAAUCAGUAGCCAUGGUCAGCUUUUAUCUCUUUUUUUUUUUUAUUCAUGGAGUGCACAAUGUUUAAUGAAUUAAGCAAGGUAUGUGAUUAAUAUAGGUAGAUUCUAUAUUGGAAAUAUAUUUCUUUCAGUGAAAGAAAACCUUUGAAUAUUGAACCCUAUAUUUACUAGUUUGAUCCUCCAAGUAACAAGUACCUCACUUUCAUUAUGAUGGUGGAGCAGUAAGUCACCAUCUGGAAGCCUAGGUUCCCUUGGCUAUUUGACUAAUUGGCUCCUUGCUGUAAUUUUUUUGCAUUUUUUAAAUUUGAAAGUUAAAGCUCAAGUUAUUGGGUAUAAAACAUGAUUUCCUUUAAAGCCAGCUAUAUAGAAAAUUGAAUCAGAUGAAUGGGUCCAGCCAUCCAUAUGAAUUAAAUAUUUUUUUCAAAUAUCAAAAUGUUUCUGAUGAUGCUAUAAAACCUGGCUUUACUUGAUUGCCAGCAAAAUGGAAAAUUGAUUCAAGUGAAUGGUUCCAAUCAUGAAUACAGAUGGAAUAAUUGCUUAAAAUAUUGUCAUAUCACUCUCAGUAUAAACAUUUAAUAAGAUGUUUCUGAUUUCCCUCUUUCUGUAGUUCUGCUUGCUGUACCUCUCUUCACCUGAUAUUGAAAUAGGAAUUUUACUAAUAAUAAGUAGAGUAGUAGCAGUUUGAGAUAUUCCCUUGUAGCAAAAACAACAGUAAAAUGCAGAUUAGGUUUGAGCAACUGUAGAAUUAGAAAUGCUAUAAUAUUAAACUUUUAGAGGAAAUGGUCUUUAAAUUUUUAAAUUCAACUUCUUCAUUAAUUAUGCAUUGCACAAAUUUUAGAUUUAACCCUCUCCUUCCAAAGACGACAUACAAGGUCACUAAUACCUAGUAUGGAAAGGGUUAAGUAUAUAGCUUUGACCACAUGAGCAGGCUAUUUUACUUAUUCAUCUCUAGUUUACUGAAUACUUAAACAGCAAUGCAACUAUAACUAUAUUAUGGCUAGCUUGCAUGCAUUGCUUUUCCCCAGAUAAGUGAAAAGUGCACAGAAUCUAUUCAUUUUCCUGUCUAGUCUUCAGAUAAUUAUGCCUUUUAAUCCAGCUUGGUCUGUCCAAAGAAAUUAUUAAAGCAGAAUAGUUCUUUGAUGACCUGGAGAUGGAAUGUAGAAGGAAACGGUCUUCCAGAAAAUAAAUGAAAAAUGAAUGUUUUUCCAGAAUAUAUUUUCCAUCCAUUAGAGUAAGAAGUAGACAGGGACCUUGUUUUUUAUUCUAAAAUCAGUGCUUCUAGGUUAACACACUUGGCUGUUCACAUCAGUGUUUUUUGUGAAUUAUAUUUGGUUUGACUGUUACAUCUUGAGGUAACAUUGAGAUAACGGAUGAAACAAAAUUUAAAAAGUGUAACUGAAUUGUAACUCUUUCCUUGCUAACUGAUUCAUAGAUUGAUUUUGUUGUAUUAUCCUUUCUAUCUGAUAAAUUGAAGGUUUAGUGAAAAUCAGUCAUAUAUAACAUUGUUAUAAAGUUAAAAGAAUCAACUGAACAUUAUACUGGUUUGAUUUUAUUAAGAGGUUAUUACAUAAUAUUGGCAAUUCAUAACUCUGAUGGAAUAACAUUUAGACCUCAUAGAAUGCUAUUCCUUAUAGAAGGAUUAUAAAAACUAUAGGAUAUUGCAUAUUACAGUAUAACAGAGUAAUAGAGUCCAGUAGAUUUUAGAUAUAGAAAACAUUUCCUCUUUUUUCUCUUAAUGCUUGUUACAACUUUUUUUAUGAAGAAUAAUUUGUAAUUAAUUAUAAAAGGAGAAUCUUAUAUUAUAUUAUGUUGGAACCCAAAAGUCCCAGAUAUAUUACUUGUAGAGAUAAUUUGUUGUAUGUAAUGGAUCUACAAUUAAUUUCCCUAGAUAUCUUGAUUGGAUAUAUAAUAUUCAUUGUAUUUUCUUUAUCACAGUUCAAUCAGAUUUGUAUGAUAAUAUAAGAGUAGAUGCUAUGAUGAAUAGAUGUACGUUUUAGUUAAAAGGUUUUGCAUUGUGCUGUACUUUACACAGCUCCAUUUAGUCACUAGAAUUGCAAAUGACAAUAAAAAAGUAUGUAAUGUAGAUAUCGGUACAUAAGAUAUCCAGUUUUGUUUUUUCACUUCUCCAAAACUUAUUGACAGAUUGUUGACAAGAUGAGUUUUCUGGAUGAUUGAUGCUAUUGUAAAUUUAUUUAUUUAGCAAAAAUUUGAAAUAGUUGAUGAAAUGAAUUUGAAAUUUUUGUAAUACAAAUAAAUAACAACAUGAUUUUGAAUGAUUAGGGUUAUCUUUUCUCUGUCAUACCUGCUUAUUAAAUAUAUACAGUACAUAUCAAGAGUUACAAUCAACAUUCCUUUCCACAUGCUCAAUCCCUGUAGUGCAAUGAUCUGUGAAUUAUUCUUGGUGAAAAAAUAAUGCUGCAUCCACAUGAACAAGUAUUUCUGGUGGGCAUGAGUGGUAAAGCUCUUCAGUGAGCAACUUUGAUGGGCAAACCAGCGGAAUGCCCAUGCCUGAGUUGAGCACAAUUGCCAGACAAUGGGUGUGCUGCGCUCAAGCAUCUACUGGUAGUACUGGCUAUGUGUCUGGCUACUUGUGAACUUGGGUCUGUAGACAACAAUUGGGCUUGUUUGACAAUUUGCCUAGUGAAGGCACUGCUUGCUGGCAUGUUUGAUUGUGUGGAUAUGGCUCAAUAUACUUGUACAUCUUUGGUGCCAGGAUGUGUAAUUCUUCACCUUUGUAACUUUGUAGCUGUAGGUGUAGUUGUCCUCUAUUUUAUUUUCUUAUACAUUGUAUCUGGAAUGAUUUGCAUUGUCUGAUUUGUCUGUUAAUUCUUAUAUUUGUAUGGUAAUUUUCAUUUCUAUAAUUUGUCUAGUUAAAUUAAGGUAUUGUUUGUGUGUGAUGCUGAUCACCUUGCUGUUUAUAUUACAAAUAGUAUUAAUACUAUCUCUGCUUUAUUUGUGGCAGACUAGCCUGAAACAGUUCUUGUACCCUGGUAGCCUAGUAGUCAACAGUGAAAUGCAUAGCAAACAGCUAUCUGCAUUAUUUGAAUGCCCAAAUUUACCGGCAUCAGUAGCUUAUCCGUAAUACCACUAUGGCUGAUUUUGAGUUUUAUACAAGAAAUGCUAUAGCAGGCAGGGUUAUUAUCAGUAAAUAGCCUUUACUUACAAAAGUCCAACCUUCAUAAAGAUUAUACAACCAUUUUCUGUUGCACAAAUUUAGAUUCUGUGUUGAUUUUUCAGAUGCCAAGGCAUGAUAAAUUAGCAUACAGAUUCCUUUGGCUUGCCCAUAACUUUUAAUGCAAUAGGAACAUAAUAACAAAAUAAAUAACAUUAAGACCAUAUUUAAGCAAAAGCAACUAUACACAUUAUUAGAGCAAAAAACAGAAAUAAAAAGCAAGAAAACACCAACAAUAGGGAAGUGGUAAUACAGAAACACCAGAACGCCAAUAACGGCAACAGCAAAGAAGAAAUAGUUGACAGCAUCAAAUGUGUGUAUCAUGAAUGACGUGAUGUUUAAUUAAUGAGAAAACAAUAUUGGAUACAAAAGGCAUGAAAAUCCAGUGUUCAUUUCUCCUAAUAAAUGUUUAAUCUCACAAGGUCAGAUUUAGAGUAGUUAUAUUUUGUGCUUACUGAACACAUUCCAGAUGAUUUUAACAGGGAUUAUUAACAGUAUUGACUAUAGUUUAGUUAAUAUUAUAAUUGUGUUUAUCUGACAUCAUGAUAUUGAUUAUGGUUAUAUCACAAUAUGUGAGAUGUUUCAUCUAACAAUGGAUAAAUCAUAUAGGUUUUUCCUUUAUAUGAUGACUACUCUACAAGUACAUUGGAGGUGUCUCCAGAAAGUGAAUUUAAGUAAUUAAUUUCUACGGGCUUGGAUAAUGGUACUUAUUCUCUGCAGAUUAAUGAGAUUUCAAGAGAGAGGGAAAUGAUAGCAAAGAAAUUAAUAAUGCUUUGUCUUUAUGUUAAUGUUAUGAUUUGCAGAGAGAAUCUUAACUCUAAAAGCCACUGUCAUUGCUCUACUUUUCCUCUCUUACAUUAGAAAAUAGACUUUGAUGAUCUCACUGACCGCUGUGAUUUUUCUGUUAUUUAAUAAUAUAAUUUUAAUGUUACUAAUUGCUGUAGUAACUUGUCGUUAGCUGUAUCAAUAACUUUCGAUAAUCAUAAUCUAGAAUCUCUUUUGCACAAAGUGGUAGUUUGUUUAUAUCGUUAGUGAUUAAAAAAAAAAAUUAUUUAUUGAAUUUUUUUCUUAUGUUUUAAUUUUUUUUUUUUUUAGUUUCUUUCAUCUCCCAUUAGGUGGUACUUAAAAUGCAGUGCUAUUAUGAAAUGCAUAGUGGGUUUAAGAAAGUGGAUAGUAACGCAUGUUUUAGAAUGAAUGUAAAUGUCAUUAAAUUAUUAUAUAUUCUAUUGAGUAAGCGAAGAAAAUCAAUUGGAAAAUAUUGAUAAUGGAUGUUCCUUGCUCACCAGAAUACCUUUUAAUGUGAUGAUGAAGUUUGCACACUUAGGCAAUAUGGAAUCUAACAGCAUAUGAUGGGCCCAGAAUAGCAGUUAUUGUCAAGGUUAAGUAGCUGUUGAAUUGAAAUGCAAGAACUUGUUCAAGAUAUAACUGAAAGCUGCAUAGUGUGUAUUUUCUUUUUUAUUUAAUUGUAAUGUAUCUUUCAUUAUUUUUCUUUUAAUCAUCUCUUUUGUGCUUUGGAUAAGCUUGUAAAGAGGUUCAUGGUUCUCAUGACACUGCAAUUUCAGGUAUAUUCUCUUAGUUAAGUAAUGUGUUUUUGUACUCGUGGAAGCAACAUUAGCCUAACUGAUCUAUGCUUACGUAGAUUAACAUUAAGAACUCAUGGGUACUUUGAAGUUAAGAAAAUGCUCUUAAUUGGUGCAAUGAGUUUGACAUAUUUAUUUCAUAUUUAUUGCCAAGUGUCUUGAAUUUCGAAUUUUAAGUUUAGUGGUAGCUAAUAUUUAUAUAUGUCUGUGUGAUAAUCAGCUAUCUUCUAAAGAUGAAAAAAUAAAGACAUUUUACACA